GCUGCCUCCUUGGUGUACAUAAGCCAUUCUGAUUUGCACCCUGCCUUUAUAAGAGGGGAUUCAUCACAGCCAGAGCUCAGAAAAAGACAGAGCUUACAGAGCAGAGCACAAAGUAACUGCGGGCAGGGCAUUGCUGCACAGAGCUGAGGCAGCAACAACAACACAAGCCAGCCUUCUUCUCCAGACAACAGGACCUGUGUUUGGGUUGAGCAUGGGACUGCAUGGGUCUAAACACCCUCAUCAGGCUCAGAUUGUGAUGCUGGGCCUGGACGGCUCGGGGAAGUCCACCCUGCUCUACAAGCUCAAGUACAACGAGUCUGUCAUCACCGUGCCCACCGUGGGCUUCAACGUGGAGAUGCUGGAGACGGAGGCGAGGGGUCCGGGGUUGACCGUGUGGGACGUGGGAGGCCAGCAGAGGAUGAGGCCCCACUGGAAGCACCACUACCCAGGCACGGAGGCCCUGGUGUUUGUGGUGGACAGCUGGGACCGCAGGCGUUUGGAUGAGGCAAAGAAAGAGCUCCAUCAGGUGCUGAGGAGCGGGAGUCUAAAAAGCCUUCCUCUGGUGGUGCUGGCCAAUAAGCAGGACCUCCCCGGGGCAGCAAGCCCACAGGAGAUCACCCACAGGUUGGACCUGAGGAGGGUAUGUGGAAACAGGGAUUGGUUUGUCCAGCCGUGCUCUGGGAGGACUGGUGUGGACCUGGAGGAAGGUUUCAGAAGGGUUGCCUAUAUGUUGAAGACUUCACUAAAGCAGACUAAGGCGGAUAUAAAGAACACAGUAAAACAACUGAAACCCAAAGCCAUUACGAUGAUGACCAAGACACAAGGCCUGGGCUGCAGCUAAGACCAGUGAUUAUAAAACCCUAUCGAUGGGUGUAAUAAUCUCCCUUGGAUUAUUUUGUAUUCUUCUGGAUUAUUUUGAGCAGAAUAGCUGAUUUAGAAUGCCCUGUGUUGGAUCAUUCUGACACACUCAUUCUUGAAUAUGGGAACAAGACUCUCCAGAACAAACUUGAGAUCCCAACGUAUCUA